ACCCGGAGGGGAAGUGGUGACAGGGACGGAAGGCCAGACCUCCCCAGGCUCACUCAUCUGUGAUGUGAGAAAGAGCGAAAGAGAGAGAAAGCUGGGUUGGUGGGCAGCAGCUGGCAGGAGCUCUGAUCGGGACCCGGGGCCAGGUCUUAGACACCAAACGGCCAGACUCCUCCACUCUCAGCAGGGUCGGCGCUCAGCCACAAAAACUGAACUCCAUCCAAAUGCCUGGAUUUUGUGCCCUGACCUAAUCUGGACAACAACCACGAGCUGGUGGCCACACCAGGCUACCCCAGGCAUCCCUCUUCUAGGCUGGACUCUGCAUGGGUAAAGACUUCUUGGCAAGCCCAGCAGAAUCUGAAGGACUCACUCCAUGGAGACAUGCUUGGUGAUGAAGGCAGCCAAUGGCUCCAAGGAUGGCUUGGAUUUCAACCCCCUGAAGGAUUACAUGAUUCUGAGCAGUCAGCAAAAGAUCGCUGUUGCGGUGUUGUGCACCACCCUGGGCCUGCUAAGCGCCCUGGAGAACUUGGCUGUGCUCUGCCUGAUCCUGUCCUCCCACCGGCUUCGCAGAAAGCCCUCAUACCUGUUCUUUAGCAGCUUGGCUGGGGCUGACUUCCUGGCCAGUGUUGUCUUUGCUUGCAACUUCGUAAAUUUCCACGUCUUUCAUGGCAAGGAUUCCAAGGCUGUCUUUCUGCUGAAGAUUGGCAGCGUGACCAUGACCUUCACAGCUUCUGUAGGCAGCCUGCUGCUGACCGCCAUUGACCGCUACCUCUGUUUGUGCUACCCACCUACAUACAAAGCUCUGCUCACCCGGGAGAGGGCACUGGUGAGCCUGGGCAUCAUGUGGGUCCUCUCAGCAUUUGUCUCCUACCUGCCCCUCAUGGGAUGGACUUGCUGUCCCAGUCCCUGCUCUGAGCUGUUCCCUAUGAUUCCAAAUAACUAUCUGCUGGGCUGGCUUCUGUUCAUCACCAUCCUCUUCUUUGGCAUCAUCUACACCUAUGGGCACGUCCUCUGGAAGGCCUAUCAGCACGUAGCCAGCCUGGCUGAGCACCAGGAUGGGCAGGUGCCAGGAAUGGCUCGGAUGAGGCUGGAUGUGAGGUUGGCCAAGACCCUAGGGGUGGUGCUGGCUGUUCUUUUCAUAUGCUGGUUUCCGGUACUAACCCUCAUGGUCUACAGCCUCACCACCACUCUAAGUGACCAAAUCAAGAAGGUCUUCGCCUUUUUUUCCUUGCUCUGCCUUGUCAACUCCAUGGUGAACCCCGUCAUCUAUGCCCUGAGGAGUGGGGAGAUCCGCUCCUCUGCCCACCAUCGCCUGGCCUUCUGGAAGAGACACCUGAGAAGCCAUGUGCCUGAAGGGCAAGAAGAAAUCCCGAGGUCCUCAGUCACCGAGACAGAGGCUGAUGUGAAAGUCACGCAGUGGCCAGAUUCCCAAGGUCCAUACCCCUCUGAUUCCUGAUAUGGCCUCUUUCAGAGUUUUAAGCAAGUCAAGUUAGAAAUCAUUUCACUCCCUGGAGGAAACAGAGCAGUAUUGACCUUCUCACCUUACUUGAACCAACCCCAAAGGCCUCGACACACUCCAUUUUGCUGAUGAAAGUACCUUGGUCAUGCCUAUUCGCACAGUCUGUUAGAAAGCUAGGCCUGUGAGGAGUGGCGAGGUGAGCAGGAGGCAAGACACAGGGGACGGGCUUGGUGCACGUCCGGUCAGGAAAACCUCAACAAGAUGACUGAGUGCCUGCAUUCUCCAGCGACCACAGGAGCCAGAGGGGGUCUUCAGGCUCAACAAUGAGGGGCUCAGAGGACAUCUGAGAAAAAUGGAUUAUUCUCCAGAGAUCUCAGGGUAUGGGUGGGUGGCUGGCCAGCCCUUGUUACUGCUUAAUUGUUAGGGCCUUCUUGGUUCUAGGUCACCCUAUCCCACUGAGGACCAAGAACCAUAAUGCAAUGAGGAUAAUGGGUGUUGAUCCACCUCUGUCCGAGGUAACUGACAACCCUCCAGUUAAGGGCAUCUUGUUAUUAGGACAGUGGCCCUCCUUGACUCCUGAUAAUCCCCACUCACAGCCACUGUGACCCCUUAGGUCUCUGGGGAACACAGAGGCUGGGAUCACUUGAGACACAAAAUCUUCAAAGAAUUGUAUGGACCCUGUAAAGUCCUUUUAGUGGUACCACUGGAAGCAGGCAGCGUCCCAGUCUAACCCAAUUCCAUGAAAAAGGAAGAUAUUCACAAAGAUUCUAUAAAUCCCCAAAUUAUUCUCAUUCACUCUCAGUUCAGGCCAUUUGUCUCCUCCACACCCCUAUGACAAAUAAUAAACAGAGCAAACAGUAAGCGGGGGAAAUUCCUUUAUGAUGGGCUGAGCCCAGGGCUGACAUCCCACAGUCCAUUAUCUCCAGCAAGAAUAGAGCCGACGCUUUUGAAGAUCCCAGGACACUGUAUUUUACAUAUCAGGAGUCUGAGUUCCUACCAGAGGGCCCCAAAACAGUGGGCAAGAGAAAUCGUUGGUGGCAGGAGGAUUGUAAGAAAUUCUAAUACAAUUAUUUGAGACCAAAGACAGAAUAAAAGG